ACGUGAUUUCUAUUUUAAGCUUACAGUCACAUGACAGUCAGGAAAACUGUCAAGCUCGUUUAUUAAAUGCAACGAACUUAAACAUGAAGUUAAUUUUUGUAGCGUUUUUUAUUCUUUCCAUAGGGAAAGUUUGCGAUGCAGAUGCAAACGGCGGAGCAAAUUGUGCAACAUGUGAUGUUAUUAUGGGGUUGGUCGAGCAGACGUCAGCAAUUCACAAUGAGUCCCUGAUCCAGUCGUUGGAACGCCUGUGCAAGCUUCUACCUGACCAGUUUGAAAAGCCGUGUCUAGUGUUUGCUGAUUACAUUGGUCCAAUACUGUUUGUCAUAGUAGAAGACAAGGAUACGCCAGACGUGAUAUGCCACAAGCUGGGCUUCUGUACCUCAACGAAGGGCCACCCCCAGUGUACUUUGUUCCCACUGAACUCUAAUAAAAAACUUCGUCACUUUUCUGAGGACCCUAUUCUGAAGCAGAAGGUGUUGUUGAAAAAACUCAAUAUGCCAAAGAUUGGUGCCAACAUUUGUGACUUACCUGGUAUCAAAGAAAUAUGUGCAUGGAUAAAUGCAAUCUUCAACAACCAUGAGCCAGCUGUUGAUCUUGAUGGUGACAAGCACAGUCCCUAUGAAACGCUACGUGGAUAUUCAUGGCGAGGGAAGGAUUGCGAUGACAAAGAUCGCAGCAUGCAUGCAGGUGCCAGAACAUUAAACGAUGAUGUCAAUAGGGACUCCAACUGCAAUGGCAUCAUGGGCACUGACCCUGUUACCAAGCAACCAUACGAGACAACCUUCUGUGAGGGGUCUGAACCUAGGGGAGUAGCCGUGCUGGGGGAUUCCAUCAGCGCACAUUUCCACCUGCCAAGGGAGUGGUUCAACUCCACUGAACUCUCUGAGGGUGUGUUUGAAGGCUUGCCAUAUAUCGGAGAAAAUGAACUGGAUUGGCCAGCCUUCUCCUAUGCCACAGGUUUCAUGAACGCUACUGACCCCCUAGACAAGGUGCUUCAUGGCAAGACAGACUCAAUCUACUUCAGACUGUGGCAGAGAAACAGGUGUAACUUCAAGGACUACCAGAACAUUGCCGUCAAUGGUGCCGCUGCCGAAGGCAUGGUGAAACAUAUACAGCAAAGUCUCUAUAGAAACAAGACUGGUGACUAUCCCCUCAUUGUGAUAUAUGCCCUUGUUGGAAACGAUGUCUGCAACGGUCACCCAGACACAAUUGAUCACAUGACGAAACCAGAGGAUAUGCGAAAGUACGCUCUGCAAACCCUGGACUUUCUGGAUAGUGUAUUGCCAUCAGGCAGUUAUGUUUUCCUGACAGGAUUGGCAGAUGGCCGCGUACUGUAUAACAGUCUGCAUGAUCGUGUACAUCCGAUUGGUGCACUGCGUAAUGAUGUCACUUACGCUCACUUCUAUGACUACUUCAACUGUUUGGAGAUUUCGCCAUGCACUGGUUGGAUGAACACCAAUGAAACACUUCGAGACCUCACUACCCAGCGUGCUAACGAACUGAGCGAUGUUCUGGUUGACAUAUCAAACAACACUUACAAGAACUUCAAGCUGUGGUAUAAUACAAACCCCAUCAAUACAGUGAUACAAGAGUGGACCGCCAAGGGACUGCCCACCUGGCAACUGCUCGAACCCGUGGAUGGUUUCCAUGCCAACCAGAUUGGCAAUGCAGAAGUGGCCAGGGUGGUGUGGGAGCAGAUGGAGAAUCAGUGGCCAGAGGUCAUUGGAAAAGUCAACCCCUUCAACGACAAGAUUGAGGACAUCUUUGGCGAUCAGGGGGGUUACAGAUAGGAGCCCAUUUUGUCUGGCUUCCAUGAAAUUAACAAGGGCAUUUAGGGAUCGAAAUAUCGAACAUCAUGUACACAACACUAGUUUAAACCUCAACACAAGAUACGCUGCAAACACCGCAGCAGAUAUGCCGUUCUUUAUUAUGUAAUUUAUCUUGCAUAUAUACACAUAGAUAAUGCGAUAAGUUUCAUUCCAUUGAAUAGAACAAUUGUACUAGUUAUAUAUAUUAUUUGUUUCUCUAUUCUCUUUCGCAUAUUCAUGUAGAUAAUGCCAAUAAUUACAUUCCAUAUGGUAGAACAAUUGUAGUAGUUUUUGUUAAUAUUUAUGUCUUAAUAUUUAAUUUGCUUGUGAAGAGUGCUGAAACUAGGAACAAACUCUGUUUCAACAUUCAAACAUGUCAUCCUCAGCUGUGAUAUUAUUAUAUGAUGUAGAAAUCAUUAGAUUAAAUUUAAAUAAAAUAUAUUUAGUCGU